GAGUGCCAGGUAAAGAAAUUACAGAGCAAGAGGUGAAGAGGCAGUGAAAGGUGUCACUAACAUAAACUUUGCAGGAUUUAAAGGAAGAAAGAAAACAAAUCACAGAAAGAGUACAAUGGCUUGAAAGAGAGAGGAACUGGAUAUAUUUCCUUCCCUGUAGGAGUCGAGGAGUUUCAAGAGGCCCUUUACCCUGUCUUCCAUCAUGGUGGACCUGUUCCUAGACCGAGUUCUGAUUGAGAACAACUGGGACCAAGAUGAACUCAACACGGAGCGCGAGAUCAUCGGGAUCCUUGAAAAUCGCAUCCUGUUGCUGUUCUUUGCAUCGGCAGAGUGUGAAAAGUGCCAGGAGUUCCUGCCUGUUCUGAACGACUUCUUUAAGAGACUGAAAGAUCCAGCGUACAUUGAAUACCCCAAACUGUUCGCGCUUGUCUUCAUCAGCUUGGACCAAUCAGAGAAGCAGCAGGAGCGAGUCCUCAAAGAGCUGCACAAAAGGGUUCUGUUUUUAGCCUUUGACGACCCAUAUGGGAAAGAACUGCAGGCCAUGUUCAAGGUAAGGGACGUACCAACAGUUGUGGUCCUUCGUCCAGACGGCUCCGUCCUCUCUCCAAACGCUGUGCAAGACAUCUGUCGUUACGGUUGCGACUGUUUCCGAGACUGGCAGGAAUCAGCGGAGGUCAUCGAGAGGACCUUCAUGCUCAACGAGCAGUUCGAGAACCUAAACAUGCGCACAGCCACUGACCCCGUGAAGAGACUCAAGUACAAGACGGAAGACGACAAGAGGAAAAAGAGAUGGUGGAACUUGUGGGGGAAGGGAAAAGAUGCGUAUGAAGUGGAGGAGGAGAAAGAUGGAGCAUUUGAUAGAAAGAGAAAGGAGGGAGAUAAAGGACCAUGGAGGAAAAGAUGAAGAGAAGGAAUCAAAGAAAAAAAAACAUAUAUGAAUAUGUAUAAGAGGCAGAGGUUUUGGUGUUGGUUGUCAUAAGUCUUCAAGUAAAUACUUAACUCCUGUGUUAAUGAUACUGCAGCCACUUUACAGGCUCUUGAAGAAACACUCAGAAAUACUUGCAAUGCCUGCAAUGGCAUGUGCAGGAGAAUUCUUAAAAAAUGCACACUGAAAAAAGCUCCUCUUUGCCGGAGGUAUUGGCAUGUAGAAGCAUAACUGUGCCUCUCUGCACAGGUGACACGAAAUUUGAAAAAAAUGAAGCUCUAGUUUAAGAAAUAUACCACAAUUACUUCUAACUAUUGAAUAUUUUAAUGUAGCCUACUAUCUAUAAUUAUUAUUAUUAUCCAGUCUUAUACAUUGUCAAUUAAUGACUGAAAUUAACUAAGCGUGAGUCGUUACGUUUUCAGUCUCACAGCAAAUGUCAUUGUUCUCAUAAUGUAAUGUAGCCUUCAUAUACUAUGAACACUGUACUCCAGAAUCCAAUUUAAACCUCCACAAAUCAAUAUUUGUGUAUUAACAGUGUUUAAAAUGACGACAUGUAGUGACAAAGGGGUUACUCUUGGUGACAGACCCCACCACGCAGCUCUUUUUUGGACCUUUUAAGUGUAUUGUUUUUGACAAAGUGAUUAAGGUCACAUCCACUCCAUUUUCACUUUUCAGGCAGCUGAAAAGCAAGAUUAUUUUUCAGCAAAAAAUAAUCAGCAAAUAAUCAGAAAGAAGUUUGUUGCCUGCCCAACAACAAAUGGCAAAGGUUGGCAACUAUAGCUAUCAUGGGUGUAGUGCUAUUUGUUGAAGUAAUGGAGUGCAAAUGUGCAUCCCCAUGGUUCAGUUGUGGCUCGUUUCGAAAGUUAUGUAACCACAGUCCUCCCACAGUUACAAGUUUACAUACAUGAGUCUAUACUAUAUAUAACUAUAACAUACAUCCUCAUCGCAACUUGUCAAAUACCGCCGUUUUGUCAGUGGGCCCACAUGUCAAAAUAUAAUGUGCCAGGUACCCUCCUGUGUC